AAAAUGUGUUAAAGCACAUGGUACUGCUAAUCACGUCGAUAAAUUUGACUCGUGUCCAUAUAAGAAUUCAAACACACGAGCAUUUGAACCUAGCUUUAGAUCAAACAAACGUGCCAGAAGAUUCCUUAAUUGAAUGGGGAGUGUUGAUCCAAAGUAACUUAUUCAGUUUUUGGCAAGGAAACGAAAGGGCUGAAGGGAGAUUUAUAACUGGGUCUGCCUGUUUGAGAGCAUUAACGGGAAUAAUGGAUAAAAUCACAGAAGUAUCAGGGCGUGCACCUGGAAAAGUUAUUCUCUGUGGAGAGCAUGCUGUAGUCCAUGGAUCCUCUGCGUUGGCUGCGUCUUUAGGUCUUUACACACAAGUACGGAUUCAAAGAUCCAAUUCUAAUUCUGUUGCAGCCGACCCAAAUGGGGAUUUGACUAUUAAUUUGAUAGACAUGAAAGUGUGUUUGACAUGGCCAAUUCAAAGGCUGGAAGCUGCUUUUCAAUCUCUGGAUAUUUUUGUUCCGGAUCCCCUCUGCAUCAAACCUUGUUCUACAGAGUUUAUGCAGUGUGUUGCAGCCCUGCUUAAUGAAGAAGAGUUUCCAGAAGCUAUAAUUGGUGUUGCGGAAGGAGUUUCAGCAUUUUUAUUCCUAUAUAUCUCCAUUAUUGGGUUUAAGCCUGCCACAGUGACUGUGACUUCAGAUUUACCUUUAGGGUCAGGGUUGGGAUCUUCUGCUGCCUUUUGUGUAUCAAUAUCUGGUGCUGUGCUUGCUUUAUCUGGUGCAUUACAUGUUGAUAUUCAUCAAGAUGUGUGGUUGAGCUUGGAUGGAAGCAAGCAAGAGGUAGUGAACAAGUGGGCUUUUGAAGGAGAAAAAAUCAUCCAUGGUAGACCUUCAGGCAUCGACAACACUGUCAGUACAUUUGGAAAACUGGUAAAAUUUAAGUCUGGCCACCUUACACAUAUCCAGCAUGCCUUCCCUAUCAAGAUGCUUAUAACCAAUACAAAGGUCGGACGGAACACUAAAGCACUAGUUGCUGGGGUGUCUGAGAGGUCAUCAAGGCAUCCAAAAGCUAUGAGUGCAGUAUUUGCUGCAGUUAAUGCCAUCAGUGAGGAGAUGGCAGAAAUUAUUCAAGCACCUGCCUCAGAUGAUAUAUCCAUCAGUGAACAGGAAGGAAAUCUGGAAGAGUUGGUGGAGAUGAAUCAAGGCUUGCUCCAGAGUAUGGGUGUCAGUCAUCCUUGCAUUGAAGCUGUACUAAAAACAACUUCAAAAUACAAAUUAUGCUCUAAGUUGACAGGAGCUGGUGGGGGAGGCUGUGUGUUGACUUUAUUGCCAAAGUUAUUAUCUGCCAAGGUAGUUGAGAAAGUAAAGGUUGAUUUGGAGUCUCAGGGAUUCCAGUGCUUCCUAGCAACAGUCGGUGGUGAAGGAAUUCAAGUUUCCUUCCAAUGCCAAAGUGCAUAAUGAUAGAUGUGUUGGGCAUGUCUGUAGAAUAUCAUUUUGUGGCAAAGUUAUGGCAAUUUGACUCAAUUUACAGAUUGUCUUUGUACGUAACUAUUGAAUGUUGCGUAUUGGAGUAUCCUUGUCAAAAAAAAUUCAGAAAUAAUAGAGAUCCUAUGAAUUAUAAUUUUUAAGUGUGCUGCUGUAUUUAUUUUAACAUGGUAGGAAAAGGUAAUGAUGUAUGAAAACGUCCACAUAUUGGGUUAUUUUGGUUUUA